AUGACCAUGACAUUCGCCACGAGCUACGCCGCGCCAUGGCUGGAGCUAGAGUUCUGGGACUCCCUGGCGGAAGCCUUCAUGAGGUAUUUCGGGCAGGCCAUCACCCUCCAGGUGGACACAGCAGGACUAAUGAGGGCCCAGAAGGCGAUAGUUAGAGCCAAUGCCGCCGCCCAAUCCCUCGAGGAUAGUCUUACGGACAGCAAAACGGGAACCACGGAAGCAGCAACUCCAAAUGGCGAUAUUGGAAACCUCCUGAACAACAUCACUGGUGAUGCUAGCGUUCCCACCGCUAGCGUGCGGGAAGAAUCAAACAGAAGCAGCGGUGGCGGCAACGGAGACACGCAGGAGGGAGGGGCGCGACUGCAAGCCAUUGAGGAAGGUGGUCGGCAAGGGGGGAACGGGAGCGGGGGGGUGGACGGGCAGGAGUUGGAAGAAGGCGAGGAAAGAGGCGAAGCUUCGAACGCCAGUGAGAAACGGCUUGAGAUGCUUCCGAUGGGGGCUGUUGGGCACCUCGGGAGGGCAGACCGGCUGGGAAUCAUCAGAAAGACGGUGCCCAGGGAGAGGAGAAUGGCGGUGUUGCAGCGGCUCUUUCACCUGGCGCAGGCCCCUGCCGAAGAGGUGGAACGGCUUGUCACCCACGUGAAGGGGCUCAAGAGCAACUCUUCGCCGGCAGAGAUCAGGGACGUUAACCUGCUCAAGACAUGGCAGGGCGUACGGGAAGAACGAGCCACGGCGUGGGAAGAGGCCACCGAGCAGGUACGACUUGCUGCGGCUGCUACUGCUGCUAUCGGAGCCCAAGAAUCUGUGCCUGCAGCCAAGGAUGGCGACGACGUGGCUGCCACAGGAAACGAUGAACAUGUCACCGAUGCAGAGAAGAAGCAAAUGGAUUCCAAGCCGGGAGUUCGUGAAGGUUCUGUCGACGAGAGAUGUAGCACUAUUGGAUAGCUGACGAGGGUGGUUGAUGGCGUUUUGGCCAGACCCCUUGCCGUCUCGUUGUGUGGAUCGACGUGUCCCAUUACCAAGAACAAGCCUGGAGAUGAGGUUGCGGCCGUUCAUGGCGAUUCCCCCCUCCCUAGAGCUAUUGGGACUGGGAAACGUAUGGAUAGACGAAAGUAUAGGUAUUGUACGGAGACAAACCACACCACAACACUCGUGGAACUCGUGGAACGGGGCCGAUUCUAAGUCUUCGGGGUCCGGGCAAUGCGAGGCUGGAGGUGUUCAGCUUCCGGUUUUUCCAGUAGCGAGUUGACCGAGAGCGUGUGCUCGAUGAUAUUUCCGUCGGCGGACAAUUAGAGCGAGAACAGCACCCAUGGUACACUUGUGAAAAGCCCUGCAGUGCCCGCAUGCAUGGGUUGUGUGCUGCCUCCACCUUACAUGUUGUUACAACGUCUUGGUCUGACAGCUCAAACCAUGUGAAGAAAGUUCGAGAGCCUCGACUACAUUUGAAUGUUAUGCAACGAGCAUUCCGGGGCAAGGCCAUUGCUGGAUUUAAGUGCCU